CCCCCGCCCACACUCCAAUGGCGUCCGCCGCAUCCACCUCCGCCGCCGUCGCCGCCGUAGCGUCCCGCCUGCUGACCCGCCGCCCGACGCACCUGCUCCGCCGGCUCCCGCGCGCGCCGCCUGCGGUCCUGUCCGCUCGCCCGUCGUCUUCGUCGUCGUCGUUCGGUGCCGCGCCUCUCCGCCGGCCGCUCGGUCACCGCGCUCGGAUGGGGCACACUUCCGCCGCCGCAUCCGCGGUCCCCGCGCUCGGACUCACCAAGCCCAACGUCGUCGAGCCGCCCCAGGUUAAUUUUACCGCUAAAGACAUCGAAUUCUCCGAUUGGACGGGAGAUGUACUCGCCGUUGCAGUCACAGAGAAGGAUCUGUCUAAAGGCUCGGACUCCAAAUUUGAGAACGCCUUGUUGAAUAAGCUGGAUAGCCAACUUGGCGGUAUCCUGUCAGAGGCCUCGGCGGAGGAAGAUUUCACCGGGAAAGCUGGGCAAUCAGUGGUUCUCCGCCUUUCGGGGCAAGGUUUCAAGAGGGUGGGUCUGAUUGGUUUGGGCCAGAACGCCCCAUCCACCACCUCAGCAUGCCGGGGAAUCGGUGAAUCCAUCGCAUCAGUUGCCAAGUCUGCUCAAGCUAGCAGCGCUGCUGUCCUUCUUGCCUCCCCUGGUGGGAUCCAGCAAGAAUUCAAGCUGAAUGCUGCUGCAGCAAUUGCCUCCGGAACUGUGCUCGGAUUGCAUGAGGACAGCAGAUUCAAGUCUGACUCGAAAAAGGUGCAUCUUAAACAAGUAGAUCUUAUUGGAUUGGGUUCUGGUCCGGAGGUGGACCAGAAACUGAAGUAUGCGAAUGAUCUUUCCUCCGGCGUGAUAUUCGGAAAAGAGCUUGUCAACUCACCUGCAAAUGUCCUUACCCCUGCUGUGCUUGCGGAGGAGGCAUCAAAGAUCGCCUCUACAUACAGUGAUGUAUUCACUGCCACCAUAUUAGAUGUGGAGAAAUGCCAAGAGUUAAAGAUGGGCUCCUACUUGGGAGUUGCUGCAGCUUCAGCAAAUCCUCCUCAUUUUAUCCACUUGUGCUACAAACCUGUUGGUGGUAAUGUAAAGAGAAAGCUCGCUAUUGUUGGGAAGGGUCUGACUUUUGACAGUGGUGGCUACAACAUUAAGACUGGACCAGGCUGCAGUAUUGAACUGAUGAAGUUUGACAUGGGAGGCUCUGCAGCAGUAUUUGGUGCAGCCAAAGCUUUGGCCCAAAUCAAGCCUCCUGGAGUGGAGGUUCAUUUUAUUGUUGCUGCCUGUGAAAAUAUGAUUAGUGGCACAGGCAUGAGACCUGGUGACAUUGUGACUGCUUCUAACGGGAAGACGAUUGAGGUAAAUAAUACUGAUGCAGAGGGAAGGCUUACACUUGCUGAUGCUUUGGUCUAUGCUUGUAAUCAAGGUGUUGACAAGAUUAUUGAUCUGGCCACACUAACUGGUGCCUGCGUUGUUGCCCUGGGGCCUAGCAUUGCUGGCAUCUUCACCCCAAGUGAUGAACUAGCCAAGGAAGUCACUGCUGCUUCAGAGGUAUCUGGAGAGAAGUUCUGGAGGUUGCCACUGGAAGAAAGCUACUGGGAGUCUAUGAAGUCCGGUGUUGCUGACAUGGUCAACACGGGUGGUCGACAGGGUGGCUCUAUCACUGCGGCGCUGUUCCUCAAACAGUUUGUUGACGAGAAGGUCCAGUGGAUGCACAUCGACAUGGCUGGGCCAGUGUGGAACGACAAGAAGCGAGCGGCCACCGGAUUCGGUGUCUCCACCUUGGUGGAGUGGGUUCUCAAGAACUCAUCUUGAAUGAACCCCCCCCCCCCCCCCCCCCCCGCGAUACCUCAGAACCACCAGGGAAGGGGGGUUUAUUUACAAACUGCAAGCAACUUUCGGCGUCUGAGACGGGGCAAUAUAAUAAGGAAAAAGAAGGUUGCCAAGGAAAAUAAAACUGCAUGUGUUGAACAUUUUCUCUUUUGUCAGAUUAAAUACGGAGUAUAACUUGGUGUCGUUUCCCUCCAUCCCUCUCCUGACGCGUGUUGUCGAAUCGUAGAAAAUGCUGUCGGGACGGGCGCUCGUGUGCGAUUUUAUAGAAAGUUCUUGUACUGGAGGACGAUAAUUGACGUCCUUUUACUAGAGCUGCAAAAUUAUUAGCGUAUCCUA